AGGGCGUGGUAAACAGAACAGAGUCCACGUGUUUACAGUUGUUAUCAAGGGUGUGAGUUUCAUACGUUUGCUUUUUAUGCUUAGUACACAGUACAAAAAAACACAAUAAGGAACUAAUGGUUACACUGGUGUGGGAAACUGAGCACAGUGAACUAUGCACAUCUAACUUUUGGGGUCACUCUUUCACUUUGAGUCCCAUCAACCCUAACCCUAACACCUGAAGUGUCUGCAGCAGCAUGAACCCAGACUUCAUAUUGAGAUCUGCUGAAACAGACUUCAGACGCUCAUUUAUUCUGUUUGAUGCUUUCAGGAAACUGUCCACAACCCUGAAGGUCCACCAGUCCUUUUGUCUUUGUCUCCUCAGAACCAGAUUCAACCUCAGACUGUCAACAGCUCAUGUUUGAUUGGUCGACCCAGUCCCACACAUGCACAGAGCCGUCUGAGGCGGCGGACAGCAGCGUCCGCGGCCGCUCAGGAUGCCAGACAUGAGACGUAACAGAGACGGGGACGCCGUCUUCAUCCCGAGAUGAAACUGUGUGACCACGAUGUUCAAACAGCGGCUGAGGUUCCUGAAGCUCUGACCUCCAGACUGAGGUGUUGAAGAUCUGAACCAGCCCGCUAAAACCUGCGGGAAGGAGGCGGGAGAAACACGUGUCAGUGUUUACAUGUGUUUGGAGGGUCUGAGAGGGAGGCGUGUAAGAUGAUCCAGGAUACUCCAAGUGCUUCGAGUGGAGGGAACUCUGGGCAUUGAGCAGAUCCAGGUUAGACGUUUCUUUAUGCUAAACUGUUAUUUUCACAUUCAACAAACAAUAAACACUUCGUAGCACCUUCACAUUGAACAGCUGGAUUUCUGUUUGAACUAACCUGACACGGCGAUACAGUCGUCCAGCGCUGGAGCCCACGACACUGUGACAUCAUUCAGAUCGCAGUGACGUGAUUGGACCCCCAGCUGAGCCUGACUGACAGCUUCUCCCGGCUUUUUCAGGUCUGAGAUCACCGCCUGACCCGACGAGGACAGUCUGACGAGCCUGCAGCCUGACGGACCUGCAGAGGCGUCCGUCCACCAGAGGGGAGAUGGAGCUGAAGAUCCCGGCAGAGGUAAGAGCUGAGGAGCUGAAGAAGAACGAGUGUCUGCGACAUAAACGCUCCCGUUAGAGCAGGCGGCGAGGAAGACGCUGUCACUCACAAACUGUAAGGAGGUCAGAGCGUCUGCUGAGUCGGUCUCUGUUCAGACAAAAGAAAGACGUUUUUAUAAACUGCAUCACCGUCAACUUCACAUCUUUGAAUCUAGAGAUGAUUUUAACUCUGCUGUUCUGAUUCUCAUUCACUCAGAUUUAAUAACUCAGUUUAAUCUGAGUCUGGACAAAAAGGCUGAGGUGUCGUUUACUGCAGCUGAACUAGAAAUGAAGUGCAGGAGUCGUCUGAGCAUGCCCCAAAAGAACAGGCAGGACUCUUCUACUCCAGAGCCACGCUGUUGUGAUGUUAACCAUCAGAGUUACCGAGUGUGUACAGAGUCCGUCCUGAGCUCAGUUCAGUCAGCCGGACGUCACUGCUCUGAGCUCCGUGAAGAACUUCAGGCUGAGACGAGAGCCGCGCCGCUAUCCUGCUGCCGCUCUCUGCAACGUCUCGCCCUCCCUCGAUGUUUCCUGUCCUCCUGAUCACGUCUGGACAAGAACAGACAAUAAAAGACCAAUCAUAAAAACCUGACUAAAAAAAAUAAAUAAAUAAACAAAAGGAAAGUGUAGAGUAAGACUGAUAAACAGUUUUAUAUGACAGAGCUGACCCAAGACCUCAAGUUAAAUAAACUCCUUAAAAAGGAAACCUCACAGCUGUCGUUCAGCAGAGCACAUUGAAACCCUGGUGUUUGAAUUAAAAUGUACAAUAAAAAAAGACCAAUCAUAAAAUUCUGACUAAAAACACAAAAAGGAAGCGUAGAGUUAGACUGCUUGAUAAACCCUGUCGUAUCUAGUUAACAGCGUCUAUUCCAGAGAGGUUUCUUAGUCUCAGGCUCAUGUUGAACCUGCUGAAACUCACCGCUGUCUUCUCCUCCGAGGUCCCACACCUGCAGGUCCGAGCUCCUCCCAUCGUUGGUCACAACACACCUAAAAAAACAACAUCAGACAGAUGAUGACAAAGUUAACAGUUUUCAAGUGUCUGUAAAAAUUAAAUAAUUAUGCUUCUUACAAAAAACAACAAAACUUUGAGUUUCCUGUGAGAAAUAAAUAAAAGGAAACAGAAAAAUCUGUUGAAGACUUUUAGUGGAAGUAAAGAGAAACAAAAAAACCCUGAAAUGUCAGAAGUCUGUUUCCACUCACUCCUUAGAAACCCACCUCGUUCCUGGGACGUGUCUGAGGCAGCGGACAGGACCGUCUGAGAAACCCCCGUGUGCAACUUUGAAAUCCCGUUCUGCACAGAGACCCUGAACUCAACAUGCAGAAACACAAACACAGUAGAGGCAGAGGACGAUACUUGGACUCUAGUUUAAUAUAAAAAAAGAGCUGAAAUUCAGGCUGUUACCUUGUUUCGAUCAGCGAGGAGUUUCAGAGGCAAACGCAGCUCUAGGAUCUCAUUUUUAGACGGAGUGUAUCCUGCCACACACACCGCUGUAAACAAACACCAUUAACCAUUAAAAAGGAUCAUUAUCAGGAGGUUGUUUUUAAAAGCUUUCAGUGGAAACAUCUCCUCUUGUGAAACCGAUCAUUUCUUCUUCAUGUCCUGUUUUAAAGUUUGUUUUAACCCCGUGUACUCCAGGUCUUCAUCUUCUUCAUCAGCACGUUCAACUGUUGUGGAUGAUAAAUAGAUGGACACCUGUGAGCUAGUCCAGGCAGGCAUCUUCAGCUUCAGUCUUCUCUAUUCCCAACAUCCACCUGACUUGUGUAUCCUCCCAGUGUGGCGGCGCCCCCUUUGGUGCUGCACUCAGACUUUAAUCUUCACAUAAAUAACUCACAGAUUAUCUCCUUGAUCAGAUUAAACAUAUUUUAAUGAUUUCCUGUUUUUUAUCACCAUUUUUCACCAGUUAAAAUGAUAAUGAAAGUAUUACAGAUGUAAUGUAAGGGUGCACUAAUUUGCAGCCAUCACACUUAAUUUGGUCUGUGCUAACAUUUUAUAAAAAUAUAAAUGAAAUGAUUAAAACAAACAUGAAAGCUGAUUUUUUUAUUUAGUGAAGUGCAGAAAAACACCCUGAAAAUGUAGGAUAUUCUGCUGUAGCUUUUCUUCAGCUGGUGGAUUUUCACACGGAUAAUUGUGAUGAUGGUGACAUUUACUCACUCUUCUCUGACGUCCACUCGAUGACCUGUGUGGGAUGUUCCAGCUGAUACACAUGCAGGUCUUUGUACCUGCAGAAAUCAGACAGGUGUUACAGGCCUGAGCGCAAGAACAGGUCUGUGCUAACACACACACACACACACACACACACACACACACACACACACACAGAAAAAAGCUCCAUCAGUCACCCUCCGUUAAUAACACAACCCCCCCGGAGGUGGUUUCAGACAUCAAAAAUAACAAUAACAAUAAUAAUAAUAAUAAUGUAUAAAAUGAAUCCAUCUUCUCAGCGAUGCUCUUGUUUGUUGUUGCAGGUCAUACAGAGUUCGUUUCAGUUUCAGUUUGUUUCAUAACCUGCUAAAAACUUCUCACAGGAGCUUUAAUGCCGGCCGGACUUUGACUUGUUCACCAAACUCCUUUAAAAAAUACUAACAUCAGAUAUUUUCGACCUCAGGCUUAGGCACAAAACAUUAUUUACAAAACAUGACUCAUUUAUUUGACUGUGUACAAUCCACUCUUUUACUCGGCAUCACAUUAUUCAACUUUGUAUGGUGAAUUAGACAUAAAUUAUACUUAUGUGGACUGAUGCUCUGCUGCUACAUCCCGCCAUUUGCUCUGAAACCCCAUCCUAUUGUCGAAGUGAGAGCUUCUAGGUCUAUUUACUGCAAGCCGAUUUUCAAAACAUCAUAAUUCAAUGUAGUAAAUGUGUUACCGUAUUAUUUAACAUCAUUGUAAAUUCCCUGAUAACCAUGGAGAUGCAAAAAUACCAACUUUUUAACUGUUGUUCAGUCUGAGGUUCGCUUGCAGCGCUGCUAAGCGGGAAAACACGCGGCUAAAACGAAGUUUAAACAGAGACUUUGAAAGUUUCUCACGUUUUCAGAGACUCGAUGAACCAGUCAUCUAAGAUAUCAUCAAACUCUGGUUCCUCCAUCUGCUCACGUUCCUCCAGUCUGGUGAUGUUUCCUUUUCCUUCUUCCUCUGAAGUUUCCUCGGAUUCAUUCAGUUUUAGUUAAAGCCAGAGCGCCUUCUGCUGGACGCACCGCUCCUUAAAAUAAACCCUGAUGUAGCUCUGUAUUUUUUAUCAAACUUCAAACCUUUUCUCAAAGAGGUCAUAUAAUUAUUAUUUUGUUUAUUGUAAAGCAGGAAAAAUUCUGCUUAUUAAUAAUUUGAUACAAAUGAAAGAUAACCAAAUGAACCCCGGCCCCUUUGUUCUGUAUUUCUGUUCCUUUGGAUGAAUUUUGUGGUUGAUUUUGUCCUCUCCUUCUGUCUCAUAUCCUUCAUCACUCUGCCUGUUGGUGUUUUUGUCCUCCUCCUCCUCCUCCUCCUGCUGUCUGACAGGAGAACACUGAAUCACAUUUCUGUCACUCUGUCCUCUUUUUUCUGUCCAACAUGCUUGUUUUUAUUGACAGCUGAAGGAUCAUACGUCACUCUGCAGCCUGAUAUAUGUGGACUAUAGACAGGUGGAGGUUGUGUAGCAGGUGUUGAUUUCUCCAACACUUUAAAUAAACUUAACACAUGCCUUUUUUUACACUUUGUGCUCAUUUAAAUAGAGAAUAAAAGAGAGAGUAAAUAAAUAAUGUGUUAUUGAGUGAAUAAAUGACGUCCAUGAUUGUAAAAAGGCUGAAAACAACAACAAACACAUGAUACAUAAUAAAACUGCAACACACUUUAUAGUUUUAGUUUUACAGCCAACAAUUUAUGACGUAAAACACAUUAAUUUAAGGUUCAUUUUUAAAAGCUGAAACUAUUCCUGCAGGAGGUAAAAAAUUGAGCUCCUCGUAAACCUGAAAGUUGGGACCACAACAGUUAAUGGUUCAAACAAAGCCUUCCUGCAAUAACACAUGAUUAACAUACUCUGAACUACAGAGCGGUGAGUCAAAUUACCUGCAGCAAAAACUGGUUCAGAUAUCUGCUGUUAAAAAUGUUAAAUACUGUGUAUAUGAUCCUUAGAGACAUCGAGAUCGUAUUAAAAUCACGUCUAUAUGAUCGACUUUUGAGCUUCAAGGAAAUCAAGUUUGUGUAAGGAUGAGAAAAUCAAAGUGAAUUAUAUAAAAGGUGAUAAAAAAGUAUUAAAACUAUCAUCUAUUCUCCUCACUAUCGUUGGUCAAACUUUGCUUCAGUUUGCUUUAACCGUGGAGAAGAGAGAACUCCAGAGUCAGAGGAAGGAAGGAGAAGCAGCAUGAGUUAUUCAGGCGUCUGUAUCAUCGGAGCGAGUUUUUCAGUCCCGGUGUUUUCCACACACCCAGCUGAGCUGAGCUCGGUCUCGGAGGUCUGUGGGCUCUGACGUGGAGAACCAGCUGCACUGACAGGCGUACGCUCUCUGACCUCUCCUCUUCUUCAGCUUCGCUCGGAGCUUCUGACGGUCCGGCAUGUUGUUCCUGCUCACACAGAGAGCCAGAGCAUGAAAGAGUCACGGACAGAUCAGGUAAAGUUCUCACUAAAUAUCUUUUCAGUGAUUAACAAAAACACAUUUUUCAGCAGUUUUUACCUGAGGAACAGGUAAUCACAGGACGAGUCCCACUCACAGUCAUCAAACAUCAGCACCCUGAAGUCACAGGAGGUACACCUCAGCUGAUCACAUGACCUGAGGAUGGAGGUAUUACCGUUACACUGCGGUGCAUCUACACACUGAUUCAGAAUAAUGAAAGGUAAAUAACAGACGAUCAUUUCUUCCUCUGAGGACUGUUGGAUCCAACAUUUGUACCAAAGUUUCAUGUUUGUAUGAGACGUGAUAAACACCAGGCUUUCGGUUAUUUUUCGCACCUCUGAGACGUGGCUGUUCCCACGCCAUUUGGCAGCGAGCUCCCGCCAACAAAAACCGGACAGCACCUGGAAGCAGAACAAACGGCACAGACCGUCUCUGAACGCAGAAAAACACGACCAGCUUCGACAGACAUCAGGACAUUUCAGAUCAGAGCAGUUUUUAAAGCUGAACUUAUCAAAAUAGAACAUCAACACAGUCAUUUCUUUGUCUCAUUAUUCACCGUGCAGUCUUUAUUGAGACCCAGAAUUUUCACUUACUUCCUCCCUCCAAACUGAGAGGACACUUUCUUCUCCUUGUGUGUUGCAUCAGGAAAAUGUUCAGUCUGAAACAAAACGAGGUGAUAAACUCAAAUACGUGGAAAUCAUGAGUGUCCUGCAUUUCUUCACAAACAGGCGUGCAGAUAAGUUUUCAUGAUAAGAAGGAACAUUUCUUAAACCUUCUGCUGAGGAGGAGGAUCGCUGCAGUCGUCCUCCAGUAAUUCCUCCAGAAGAGCGUCUAUGUCCUCAGUGAUGCUGCUCCUCGACUGUGCAGGUUUGGUGCUGCUAAAUAAAAAGUUGAUUAUUCUUCAUCUGUCAGUAUUCACAGUGUAGAUCAUCACUCUCUCUCCUCAGACGAGUUCAGAACGCAGCAGCUCGGCUUUUGUCUGGUUUUAGUCGACGGCGUCACAUCACUCCAGUUUUAUCCUCCCUUCACUGACUUCCUCUCAGUUUUAGAAUUGAUUUUAAGAUUUUAUUGAUUACUUUUAAAGUUCUCAAAGGACUCGCUCUGAGCUUCAUUUCAGAGCUUUUACUUCCUUAUGAAUAAAACUCUCAGCCUCAGAUCCUCUGAAGUCCUCCUGGUCGUUCCAAAGUCUCUAAACUAAAGGUGAUCGAUCUUUGUCCAUCAGAGCUCCUCGACUUUGGAACGACCUUCAGAGGAGAGAAGGCGAACAGCAGAGACAGACGCUUCUUUAAGUCAAAUUUAAAAACUCACUUUUACAGACUUGAUUUUAUGUGAUGACGUCUUUUAUGUUUUUUCUAAUUUCGACUUUCUGUCUUUUUAGUUUAUGUUUUACUUAUAAUCUUUUCUUAUUUAACCGUUUAGGCCUUUAAUUGAUUUUGUUUUUUUUCCGCUCAUUUUUGUUUUUCCAUUUUAUCAUUACUAUUACCAUCAUUAUUAUUUUAUUUUGAUUUUAUUAUUAUUAUUUCUAUCCUCUUUUUAUAUUUACUAUUCUGUUUUGUGCUUUCUACUACCCUCUUUUAUUACAUUUCUUUUUCUUUCCUAUUGUAUGUUUUUAUUUUGGUCUCUUGGUCUCAGUUUAUGUUGUAGGUUCCUCAUGACCUUUAAUUCAGAGUUUUUCACUGAGCUUUAGUUUUUAUUUCCAUGAGCUGUACGACUGUUUCCCAAAACACUUUGUAAACUUCUGUUUUUAAAAGGGCUAUAAAAAAGUUAUUAUUAUUAUUAUUAUCAUCAUCAUAAAGUCCUCCAUGUUAACAGAUGGGUCAUGGGUCAGACUAGAAAAUCAAAAUGACAAGUAUAUUUUUCUGAGACAUGAUUUCUGUUACUACAGUUUAUUUUUCUUAGUUUUAUUUCUUUACUGUAAGUAAAGAUGAAACCAUGCUGGGUCCAUUCUGUGUAUUUUCUGUGUUUUAUCAGGCUGAUUCACUAAAACAGGAGAACUUCACUGAUAUCUGACCUCAGACCUGAGUUUGUAAAUAACAGAAGAUGAUGGAUCUUCAGACGAGACCAAAAUAAAAAGCUUUUAAACUGGCUUCUCCUCGGUGACUCUAGCUAGCAGAGUUAGCUUUGUUUACCUGUGUUUCCUCUGUCCCUCUGUGUCGUUCCCGCCUUUUCCAGCCUCCUUUGAAUCCUCGCGAGCUAAACACGUGACAGAAACGUUACGGCAAAACUUCUUUUCGACCUCAUCGAGCAGCUCGUCCAGGUCAUCAUCUCCAUCCUUCAUGUUUAAUCAACACAGCUGCCCUGCUAGCUUUAGCGCUAACGGCAGGCAGGCGCCGGAGCGUUCACCGUUGCUAGGAAACAGAAUGACGUAGCAGGAACUAGGGGGCAAGCCCUUCAAAAUAAUGGUACUUGUAAAAAUCAAUUAAUAAUGAUAAUAAUAUAAUCAUAAUAACUUUAUUUGUGUAGCAUUUUUAAAAACAGAAGUUUACAAAGUGCUUUGACAUGUAGUCAUAAACCACACGGACAAAGAUGAAUAAAAACAAAAAGCUCAGUUAAAACGGAAGUGAAGGAACCCAGACAAAACAAGAACCAUGCAACAUAAAAAUGAGACCAUGAGGACCAAAAUAAAAACAUUAAAUAGUUAAGAAAAAGAAAAUGCAGCCGAAACAGGGUAGUAAAUAUAAAAUUCAAUAUCAGCAAUGAUAAUAAAAUAAUAACAGGUAAUACUGAUAAUAAAAGUACUGAUAAAAUAGAGCUACAGAAAUGAGCGAGAGAUGAAACAAUAAAAGGCCUAAAAGGUUCAUUAAGGAAAGAGUACAAGUUUAGCAAAAGAUAAAAAGACAGUAAAGCCGAAAUAAGAUAAAAGAGUGUCCGCCAUUCAUUUUAAUAAUUGGACCUCAGUUUUUAUUGAUUAACUGACUCUGCGGGUCUGUCUUGUUUGGUUUUCUAUUUAUGAAUGAAUAAACUUUCAGAUUUAAAAUAUAAUAAAAUAAUGUGUGAAUGUACGGUUAUAAUCUUGGCAAUUUAAAUAACCAAAAUAAAAGUUUUCAACCUUUAAUAUUCUUAAAUCUUAAAGCUUAUUGUCUUGUUUAGGAAAACAGAGCAGAUUUUUUUCAUUGAAACCAAAGUUAUCUAAAUCAGAGAUGAUAAAAAAAUCAGUUUAAUCCUUAAAUGUUCUCAUGACUCUGAAAAAAUAACCUCAUUUCUUCAGAAUAACUGAGUAACAUUUUUCUCUUUAAUGAAUGCAAUCCACAAAUUAAUGAAGACUAUUUCAACCAAGAGGGAAUUUCAUAAGCUUUUAAUAUGUUUGAAGAUGGAGUUUUUUUUUUCUGUUUUAAUUAAUUCAAAGAAAAUUUAAAUCUUUAGAAUCUGUGUCUUGUGGAGGCUUUACUACGGCCGAUUUUUUAAAUAAUUGAACAAAUGUUUCCCUCUUUACUGGCGGAACAGGGCCUCCAUAGUUUGGGGUCAGCCCUGAAUCUAUGGUGUAUACCCCAUCCCAUUAAGAGUGUCUUAUUCAUGAGCAGGACUCCGCUUAUCUGUCACUGGAAUGUAGAGAUUCCGGAGCGGCGAAUAUACAGCAGGGCAGGGCUUCACUGGUUAACUCAUCCAAAGGUUCGUUCACAAACACAACCCUGAUCUGUCUGUGCGUGAUAACCCUGCGCCCUGCUGAAGCCCAGAGAGUGGGUAUCUGUGCCCCUGUAACCAUGGCAACUCACUCAGCUUCACGCCGGAUUGUGUGGCUCGUGCUCCUCUGCAUUCAGAUUUGGCCGUUGGACAGCAAAUUAGCAUGGUGAGAUUAUUUCAAAGUUAUUCCUAAUUUUGUGCUUUUUUCCCACUUUUCUUUAUUUUAAAUAGGAAAAUAAAUCAGUGAGACUCAAAGAGUAAUGAUUAAAACAUAAGAUGUGUGUUUUUUACCUGGACUAGUUUUAAAGUUUAGGUUUUCCAGUUUAGAUUGAGGCAUGAAGGAGAUAAUUCAGUGAACUCUGGCCAAACAAACACAAUUUUAUUACAGAAAAUAUAUUUCAUAUUUCAUUUCUCUUACUUUUUAAAUGUAAAGUCUCCCUUUAAAUUUAUAUUUGUCUUCACCAUCAAAUAAAACAACACACUUUUUAUUUCAUGCAAUUGUUGUCAUUUAAAUGUCAUUUUAAAUUAGCAAAAUUUAUGAAGCCCAUCAGUCAAUGAUUAAUUUACCUACAACAAAAAUAAUGUGUACUGUAUGUCGUCGUAUCAUACUGUAUUUUAUAAUUCUUACCUUCAUACUGUACACCAUCGUACCUUAUUGUAUCACAUAGUAUUGUGUCGUAUCAACUCGCACUGUAAUGGGUUUAUUGUGUAUUUUAUUGUAGUAUUGCAUUGCCUCUGAGUUUAAUUGACGUAGGCCGUUAACUCUUUGAAUGUUUUGGAUCAGGACAAAAGCUGCCAGUAGAAGCAGCAGGACGAUCAUAAUGGUUAACUGGUGACUCUGGGCUCCAAGGCGAGUUGGGGCAGGUAGACAGGUGCAUGUGGAUAGACAGGUGGGUUCUGGUGCAAGUGUUGGAUAAUGACUUGAAGCAAAGGUGUGUUGGAGGACAGAAACAAUAGACCUGGUCUGACAGAAGAGUACAGCUGGAGGAUCUCAAUAAUGACGUUCUCAUCUGUUUAUGCUCUUUUCUUUUCUGUAUGGGAAACACACAGAUGUGUUGUUUAUGGUUUCUUUGUUGUGUGUUUCAGUGUUUGCAGGAGGGCUAAUUAUUGGUUUUAUUUGUAUUUUAUUCUUUUGUUUUAUUUCUUGGCAUUAGUGGGAAGGAAACGAUCUGAAGUAUUUGGAUUAAAGUCAAACUUCCUCAAUCGGACAGUAGAGUGAAUUAUAUCGUGUCACAUUUUUCUUUAUCAUUUCCCUCUACAGGUUCUCCACAGAUGAAGAUGCUGUGACACCAAACACACAGGGUCAUGACCCCUCCCACCCUCAUCGCCAUUUUAGCAACUGCCAGCACAUCGUCCAGGGUCGGAGAACAUACGAGACCUGGCCCUCUAGUCGGCAAAACAGCCUCCCUGUGUCCGAGUCAACUGUCUUCAUAUCAAACAUCCCAGGAGGAAAGCCCCGCUGGGUCCAAGGUCAGUCAUCAAGUCAGCUGUUCCUGUAUGUCCUGGAGUUGGUGCUGGAUUUUAAAGGAUCUCUCUCCAGGUCACAUGACAUUUGUUCACGACCCCCUGAGGACGGUGUCGGUAUUGGAGCCGGGCGGGCCGGGUGGCUGUAAGAGAAACCACCGAGUGACGGUGCAGGAGACAGCAGAGACUGCUGGAUGUCUGUACGCCAUGAACGCUGGCUUCUUCAACACCACCACCGAUGGAUGUCUGGGUAACAUCGUGAGCGACGGCAGGCUGGUGAGGGACGGCCGGGGGGUGCAGAACGCCCAGUUUGGUAUCAGGAGGGACGGCACCCUGGUGUUUGGGUGAGAGACGUAAUCCGACUCAAAAUGAACGAAAAAAGAGAAAUAUAAGAUUUAAACAAACAUGUUCCUCCAGGUACUUGUCCCAGGAAGAUGUUCUGGACCAGCUGAACCCAUUUGUGCAGCUAGUCAGUGGAGUGAUAUGGCUACUGAGAGACGGAGAGAUUAACAUCAACCAGAGUCUGAAGGCCGAGUGCAACAAACUGGUUGACCGGGGUAAAUCUGCAGGCAAACAUUAAUGCAGACCUUCAGAGCUGGAAGGAUUCACUGUGAUGGAAACAUGAUGACAACUUUUAAAGAUUAUAGACCAGAAAUUCAUUCAGUCAGAGUAUCAGAAAAUCCCACCUCCAACAGACCCAUCGAUCUCCUAUUGUAGCUCCACAGUCAUGUGUUUUUGUCUUCAGUCAUAAAAGGAAAUAUAGAUUCAUCAGUUUUAUACAACAGUUAGAUACCGAACAAAUCAGAAACGUUAUAUUUGAGAAGACAGACGAGAGAAAAGUGAAGAACUUUGUUGAAGAGUCUAAACUGAUUUGAGAAACUCUUCUUUUCUAUUCCGUAGAGGUGUUUCGGGAUUUUGUGGACCUGCUGUCUGCGAGGACGGCUGUGGGUCAUGAUGCAGAGGGUAACCUGGUUCUUUUCCAUGUGGACGGACAGACCAACGAAAGAGGGUAACAUGAACUUCUCUGAAAUAUUCAGGGUGGGAGGCCGCUGUAAACUCCAUGUGAGACAUCGGUCUUUGUUGUUCGUCUGUCCUGCUGAUUUUGCCAGAACACUCUGUAUGUUAUUUAGAUCAUCUGUCUGCAGGCUGAACGUGUGAAACAUGGACUCAGAACGACAGUCGUGUUUGUUUGUUCAUGAGCAGAAUGGAUCUUUGGGAGGUGGCAGAGUUCCUGAAAAAAAACGGCGUGAUCAAUGCCAUCAAUCUGGACGGAGGCGGGUCUUCCAGCUUUGUUAUCAACGGCACAUUGGUCAGCUACCCGCCUGACAUAUGGUAAAUGACUUCAUUUAUCACAAAAUGAGUUAAACGUGAAAAAAGUUUGGGAAUUACUGUAGUGGACUGUUUCUGUUGACAGCCUGAAUUAAGGCUGUAAAAGCUGUAACACAGUCCAUCUGAAGUUUAAAAUCUGGACUUAAAUAAAAAGAUAUCUCACUGUCUUGCUUGAGAAGUGACUGACACACUACGAUUCGUCCAAAUCAUUUUCUAAAAGCAGGUGGUCCCGUAUUGAUCAAAGGUUGCAGUAAUAAAACUCUCCAGUUAUCAAAUAUCAAAACCCACAAGAAAUUUCAAGUGACUCACAAGUAAAACUAAAGAUGCAAAUUAAAAACUUUAUUCCUAAAAAAUCAGGACACCAAAAACAGAGUUUGAGGGUCUGAUUUAAACCUGAAAAACAGAAAACUGUGAGGACGGCGUCAGUCCAGUUCCUCAGCAGGACUCUCCUCCUUCAGAGCCGCCCUGUUGUAAUCCCCGUCCUCAGACUGCGGUUUGUUUUCGUCUUCAUGAAAUAUGAAGGUUAUUUAAUUAUUUGUUCUGAACUCUUUAAAAAUUCUUCUUCUGCUUCUUCUUUAAACAUUCAUCUUGUUCUCACUCACGCACUUCACCUCUCUUUUUGACCCCCAGUAAACCUGACAGCAGGUGGCGCUGUGCUCGACCUGUCUCCACCGUCCUGUGUGUUCACCAGCGGCGCUGCCAGCCGGCGAACUGUAACGGACACGGAAAGUGUGUGGACGGACACUGUCGGUGUCAGGACGGCUGGCAGGGGGACGCCUGUGACUCUUUUGUGUGUCAUCCAGCAGCCUGUGGGCCCCAUGGUGUCUGCACACCUGGUGAGUUUGUGGGUGGAGCUUAACAGCAGAAAUAACAGUGAGGUAUAGAAAGAAAAAGUAAGAAGAUUUGAAGUAUUUUUGGGCUGUAGUUGAACAUUUGUUUUCAUGACUUCUUUGUUUUUGAAGAUACGAUAGUACCGGUUAUGAGAUAAAGAUGCAGUUUGAGGUUUUAUGUCCACAGGUGUAAAGAUGUCCACGUUCACACUCUUAAAAAUGGAAGGUCCACACGAAUGAUCAUUUUGACGAGCUUUACUGGUUACAGAUCUUAGUUACAGCUUCAUCAGGCCACAAGUGAAACACAGAUUAGUCUGAGAGUGUUCAGGUUUAUUUAGUCGUCCACGUUUCCAAAUAUUCUGCUUACAUCUCGUUGACCUGAAGGAGAGUCCAUUUAGGGUAAGAACAAAACACGACAUAUUCUGGGAGCCUGAGUGAUGUUAAACACGGGGACAAGGUCCUUGUUGAGGAGAGUUGUUGGAGGCCCAUGACUCCAGAAACAUCUGAGGUAUUUGAGUGACACAGCUCCACCGCCCUGAAGGCCGACAGGACCAGCUAAAGAAAAUCACCCCAACAACAGGUUAAUAAGACAGGUUUGUGUGUUUUGCAGGUGGUUGUGUCUGCGAUGCUGGAUGGAGAGGAAAGAGCUGCAGCAAAAGUGAGCAGAAGUUGAUCUUUCAGAAAUGUUUUUGUUGUUUCCAUGAAGGAGGAACCGUAGAGGACAUUUUAUGAUGUUUUAUUUUCUCCAGGAGCAUCUAAGAGGGCGUUUAGGCAGCUUUUAUUUUCCCCCGGUGACCUCAAAGUCAAAGACUGUUGUUGUUGUUACAGACGAUCGAGUGAGAAAUACACCACGGCUGUAAAGACAUCAGACAGGUCCUUGUGCUUACACACUGGAAUUUCCUUUGGGUGUGCGUGGUGUGAAGGGUUAUAUUAGUUCUCUGCAGAUCUCGAUGAGCAGGUUAGCAUCUCACAGACUACGAAGAGUGAGGAAUUUUGACAACGCCCUAUAGGAAGUUGUUCUGAGGAUAAAGGUGUUUUCGGUUCAUCAGAGAAAACUUUGACAGCCAGUUAGCAGGGUCUCAUAAAUGAUCAUGGUCACCUUCUUUCUUUUUCCUCUCUUUACGACAUUUUUUAAAGCUUCGACGUGCUUUACUUUUGACCGAUCGUCUCUAAAUCAUCGAGUUUUCUUCCCCCUGUUGAUGACAGAAACAUAAACUGCUGAUGUUCAGUCCUGUUUCUCCUGUUUCCUCUCCUGACGUCUCACCUCUGUCUUCAGAGUGCCUGCCGGGUUAUUACGGUGUUUUCUGCAGACAGAUCUGUAUCUGCUUCAAUGGAGCCUCCUGUAACCAUGUCAGCGGACGCUGCAGGUGUCUCCCCGGUUUCCAUGGCAACUUCUGUGAGCAAAAUUGGAGUAAGAGCCCAGGUAGAACUCUUGGCUUUUGAACCCUGUGAUGGUCGACAUCUGGGGUAACUUUUGUACAUAUUUCAUCACAAUGUGAAAGACAAACACGGUCGACUCCUCCACAAGUCGAGAAAUAUUUUCUGAUCUUCAACAUGAACAUUUUUUCUUUUGAUUUCUGUCUUUAUACUGCCCCCUUCUGGUUGUUUAAAAGCAUUGACAGCACAUAAUGUGUCUCAGCACCUUCCCUCAGUGCUUAUUGAGUCUACAGGAUGUCGACAGCAGAUGCUUCUCCAUAACCGUUGAUCCUUGUGUAUUUUACAUUAAAUAUAAAUGUUCUUUAUUUAUUUACAGCCGUUUACAACAACGUGAACCAAAGAGCUUAAAAUAGAAAAUAAAAACGAAUAAAUCAAAACAAUAAAAAAAAGGAUAAAAUACAAUAAAAUAAAAUGUCACCACACUACUGGGUAUUAAAAUCCAACAUAAAUAAAUAUGUUUUCAAUCAGGAUCUAAAAAGGUCCAGGUCAGAAAUACGUCUUAUUUCAGUGUGGAGUUUAUUCCAGAGUCUGGGACCAGCGACUGAAACGUCUCGGUCCCCCCGGUCUUUGUGUUUUGACCUCCAGCAGACGUCGGUGUGACCUCAGAGCUCCUGAACGGUUAAAAGGCUUUUAAAAGAGCUUUAAAAACAAACAUUAAAAGUUUAAAAUCGAUCCUAAAAGAGACGAUGAAGACGAUGAAGGACAGGAGUGAUGUCCUCACGUCUGUUAGUGUUAAAAGACGGGCAGCAGCGUUUUGGACGAGCUGAAGGAGACGGAGAGAUGAAAACAUGAAGUGGAUUAGAGUCGAAUCUUGAACUGAUCAGAGCGUGGACGGUUACCUCGAGGUAUAUUAUAUAUAUUAUAUAUAUUAUAUAUCUUGGUUUUCGUUGAUGUUCUGAGUGUAUUUUGUGUUUUAUGAAGUGAAGGUAAAAGCCAAGAAUAGUCAGUCCCUCUACACAUGCGAAGACUGAGCCAGGAACAUAAACAUGAGUAUCUCAGUACAACAGUAUUGAGAAAUCCUAAAACCCAGUCAUCUCAGGUAUAAAGGUAACACACGAGGCCCUGAGACGCGCUCCCUGACGGAUAAACGCUCGGAUUCUUCUUCUGCAGGUCAGUGUUUGGUUGAAAAGAUGAUCACUCUUCAGACGCAGCAGGAGGACGCUCACAGAGACACACUCAGUCCGUCAGAGUAAGUGUCAAAGGUCACGGCGUAAAUCUGAAAGGUCAGUGGGUUCCUGUGAACUACAGUGUCGUUGUUGGAUGUAGUCAUGAUGAUGCUUUUCCCUCCUCAGACAAACAUGGCUGAUAAUCACCCUCGCGCUCGCUCUUUUUCUGCUGACUCGACUGACCCUCCACUCCCACUGGGUGAGACGUCGAUGGUGUUCCUGCAGCUACUCCUUCAGUCAGCUCACCCUCAGUGACGUCAGCUGAAAGGUCCUCCUGCUGCGACUCUCCUCAGACCGUGAAAGGAUGUUCAGUAUAUCUGCGCAGAAAUAACUGUGAGGAAAGAGGACGUUAUUCCUCCAGACAUGUUGAAAUCUGGACAAAAGACAACGCAAGAAAAAGGAAACAAGACUCAGCGAUCCGGUCAGUCUGGAUGAAUGUGGCUGGAGAAGAAAAUGUAAACAGGAUACAGACUUGAUUUUCUGACAGCAGAGCCUCUUUCAGACUGAUUUACGUCACUCUGUCGUCUAAAUGAUGUUACAGCGUCUGAUUUAAGAGUCAAAUAAGCAGGAAGACUCUGAAGGAAAUGUGACAUUAACUGGUAAUACUCUAAUAUUAAUGUUGGGGGAUAUUUCAAAGAUGAUCGAUAGAAUAUUACAGUUUCCACACGGCGAUAUUAAACACAAGUUUACAAACAGUGUCUGUGUAAUACUGCAGCAUAACUCUGUUCAAAAACCGCCAAUAUUAUAAACACAGCAGCUCUUUUAUAAACUCUGUGAACAGUUUUGUAUUUUUAAUCCAGAUUUUUAAUCCGGUUGGACAAUAAAAGCUUUAAAUGAG